AGCGUCGGGUUGUCCAGGUACUCGUCCAGGAAGGACAUGCAGGCGAGCGAGCGCGAGCAGUCGCGGCCGGCGAACUGCUUGUAGCCUCCGUCGGGGCCGUAGUGGUUGAGGCCGUCCAGCGUCACGUCGUAGAUGUUGCCGUUCAGGGCCACGUAGACGAUCUUGCGCGGGUUGUCGACGCCGUUGAACUGCUUGAGCUCCUCGAGCGUCAGGUCCCGGCGGCGCAGCACGCGGCCCACGUUCGGGUAGCUGUUGUAGACGGAGAACUUGGUGACCCAGUCGUUGAGCGUCUCCUUGUCCAUGAAGCUCAAGUCCGACAGGUCGUCGCUGUCCAGGUCCUCCUUCUCGAACGACAUCUUGGCCAGCGCGCGGGACGCGUCGCGGCCGGCGAAGAGGUGGUAGCCCUCGCCCGGGCCGUAGAAGUCGCGCUUGCGGCUCACGUCGUACACCUUGUCCAGCACGGCGAUGUAGAUGGGCUGGCCGUCCUCCCCGUUGAAGGGCAGCAGCUCCUCGGGCGUGAAGAAGCGGCGCUUGAUGGGCUUCUCGCGCUCGGCCUUGAGCGCCUCCUGCCGCGCCUUGGCCGCCUCGUACGCGCGCUGCUGGGCCGCGUCGGCGCGCGCGUUCAGGUACCUGACGGCCAUCACGGCGGCCACCGCCACGCCUGCGCCCACGAACAGGUUGCUGUCGGCGUUGCUCAGGAACUGCAGCAUCUUCUCUUCUUCUUGGACACGUGCGUGUUGAGCGCGCGACUGGCUUGAACUGCGAAUGAGGUGGCCGGACAUCACUUCAUUUCAUUGUCGAACACCGAGACGUUGGUGUAAUCAUUUCGAUACAUCAAUACAGCUCCUCAGUAUACUCUGACUUUACGCCGACUGGCCAGCAGUUCCAUCCUUGGUCGAAGAUGCUGCGCUCGUCCUGGCGGCUCGCAGCGGCCCGGCGCCGCUGUCUGUCGACUGCGGCGGCGCUUGCUCCUCCGCCUCCGCCUGCGACUGAACCGUGCGGCCGGCGCCUGCAGUUCGUGACGUCGGACAAGAUCGACCGCCGCCUGCUGCGCGGCCUGACGGCAGCCGACGACGACGAGCGGCCCGUGAACCUCAUCCAGGACGAGGAGGGCGCGCGCCGCGUGCUGGCCAAGAUCCGCGAGCUGGGCCCGGGUCACUUCCACGCGUGCGACACGGAGGUGGCGCAGAUCGACGUCAAGGCCGUGGGGCCCGUGGGCAACGGCGUCGUGACGUGCCUGUCGCUCUACAGCGGGCCGGACGUGGACUACGGCAACGGGCCGUACGUGUGGGUGGACAACCUGGACAGCGCCGAGGGCACGCUGCAGCUGUUCAAGGACUUCCUGGAGAGCCGCGAGUACCUCAAGGUCUGGCACAACUACAGCUUCGACCGGCACGUGCUGUACAACCACGGCAUCAACGUGCAGGGCCUCGGCGGGGACACGAUGCACAUGGCCAGACUCUGGAACACGGCCAGGUUCCAGCACGGAGGCUACUCGCUGGAGGCGCUGACGGCCGACCUGCUGCUGCAGCGCAAGAAGCCCAUGAAGGAGCUCUUCGGCAUCCCCAAGCUCCGCAAGGACGGCUCCAAGGGCAAGGAGCGCAUCAUGCCCACGGUCGAGGAGCUGCAGCGCUUCCCCGAGUUCAGGAAGCGCUGGAUCAGGUACAGCGUCUACGAUGCAGAGAGCACCUGGUUCCUGCACCGCGUGCUGCAGCACAAGCUGGACCAGACCUUCUGGUUCGAGAACGCGCCCAAGACGAACGCUGCUGUUAACGCUGCUGCUGCUGCCGCUGCGGUGGACGAGGAGCCGCAGACUGGAUCCAUGUACGACUUCUAUCGCCAAUACAUCAUCCUGUUCGGCGAGUGUCUGACGGACAUCGAGCGCAAGGGCAUGCACGUGGACCUCGAGUAUCUCGCGGGAGUCGAGAAGCAGGCACUGGAAGACCGCGCUCGUCUGGAGCGACUCGUGCUCAAGUGGGCGUCGCGCUACUGCGACGAGAGCGAGCGCAUUAAUUUAUACAGCGCGGCGCAGAAGCAGCAGCUGCUGUUCGCGCCGUACUACGACGAGAAGAAGAAGAAGCAAGUGCUUCCUGCGGAGCGCGCGUUUGAAGUGGAGAACACGGAGGGCUUCAUCGAAGAGGGCAAGCAAAAACCCAAGAAGAAGCGAAAUAUGACGAUCCGUGGCCUGGGCAUCCCGCCCACACACUUCACAGCUAGUGGACUCCCGGCCGCCAGCGCUGAAGUGCUCAAGGAGCUCGCAGGCAACGUAAGUAUCUUGCUAUGUUUGCCGACUGUAGAAUUUGACACUGACCUUUGAUUUCCACUGUCCAUCCACAGCCUGAAGCAGAUCCACCAAAGUACGGCCGAGCAUACGACCAUUUUAAGGACAAGGAGGAGGGUGCUGCCGCCUGUGUGGCGCUGAAGGCUCUGUUCGACAUCAGCAGUAUCAACACCAUGCUCAACAACUUUAUCCUGCCUCUGCAAGAGCUCGCCGACAGCAACAGUCGCGUGCACUGCUCGCUCAAUCUCAACACAGACACGGGUCGCCUGUCAUCACGGAAGCCGAACCUGCAGAAUCAACCUGCUAUGGGCAAAGAUCGAUACAAGAUCCGCGACGCGUUCACGGCUCCUCCAGGCAAGAAACUCAUCGUGGCCGAUUACUCGCAGCUGGAGCUGCGCCUCAUGGCGCACAUCACACAGUGUAAGGCGAUGAUCGAUGCAUUCAAGGCUGGCGGUGAUUUUCACUCGCGAACGGCUAUGGGUAUGUACCCGUACGUGGCGGAGGCAGUGGAAAAGGGUGAGGCGCUCCUCGAAUGGGACCAUUCCACCGGCGAGGAACCGCCAGCGCCGCUGCUCAAGGACAAGUUCGGCAACGAACGUAAGAACGCCAAGGUUCUCAACUUCUCCAUCGCCUACGGCAAAACCGCCUUUGGUCUGUCGAAGGAUUUCAAUGUUUCGCGUAAGGAGGCUGCAGAAACGCUGGAGAAAUGGUACGCGGACCGAGGAGAGGUGCGGCAUUGGCAAAAGCAGGCUAUCGAGACUGCGCGGAGGUUUGGCUAUACGCGGACACUGCUCGGAAGGUAUCGAAGGCUCCCCGACGCCAUGCUGACGGACGACAGCAUGGCGUCCAAGAAGGCCAAGGGCCACGCAGAACGCGCCGCCAUCAACACUCCAAUCCAAGGCGCCGCCGCCGACGUCGUGAUGCAGGCCAUGCUGCGUGUGCACCAGAACCCGAGGUUACGCGAGCUCGGCUGGGAGAUGGUCUCCCAGAUUCACGAUGAAAUUAUUGUCGAGGGCCCCGAGGAGUCGGUGGAUGAAGCGAUGAAGCUCGUGGUGCACUUGAUGGAGAACCCGUUCGAGAAGCCGCUGUCUGUGGCUCUGGAGGUCGAUGCCAAGGUCGAUGAUUCUUGGUUUAAGGCAAAAUAAAUGCAAUCUUUCUCGCUCAGCAAUGCAAUGAUCAAGGCACAGGCUCGUUGUCCUUGUUUGGGUGGCAGGGCAGCGCUCAACAUC